AGAGACGGAGCGAGAGAAGGUUUUUCGCCGCCACUGCUCCGCUUGUCCGUUCGUGGCCGCUCUCGCUCCUGGGCGUCAAUGGAGAUCCAGCAACAGGAGGUUAAGCUGUUCAAUCGAUGGUCCUUCGACGAUGUUGCGGUCAGCGAUAUCUCGCUUGCUGAUUACAUUGCUGUGACUCCCCCGAAACAUGCUACAUAUCUUCCGCAUACGGCUGGGAGGUACUCUGCUAAGAGGUUCCGUAAGGCUCAGUGCCCAAUUAUUGAGAGACUUACGAAUUCUUUGAUGAUGCACGGGCGGAACAAUGGCAAGAAGCUCAUGGCUGUCCGCAUAAUCAAACAUACAAUGGAAAUUAUUCAUCUGCUUACUGAUGCAAACCCGAUCCAAAUUAUGGUUGAUGCCAUUAUCAACAGUGGUCCAAGAGAAGAUGCCACUCGAAUUGGCUCUGCUGGUGUUGUCAGACGUCAGGCAGUCGAUAUCUCUCCGCUCCGGCGGGUUAACCAGGCAAUAUACCUCCUCACCACUGGUGCCCGCGAAAGCGCUUUCAGGAAUAUAAAGACCAUCGCCGAGUGCCUUGCCGACGAGUUGAUUAAUGCAGCUAAGGGUUCUUCCAACAGCUACGCGAUCAAGAAGAAGGAUGAGAUCGAGCGGGUUGCCAAGGCCAACCGUUGAGCGCUCAACCGAGUCGCCAGCAUCUCAAAGUCUACAUGUGCACUCCGAUUUCGUCCUAGGUCGUAUUAUGUCUUUUUGAAUUAAAUGAGCUUUUAAAUUUGCAUUUCUUUUUAGCUAAACUUUACAAAGAGUUUGGUGCUGGAACAAGUAAUUGAAUAAUUUGUGUGGCAAAUUUGUGAUGA